UAAGGAGCAAAUACGCAGCUGAAAGCACACCUGGUAUGGAUUGCAGUUAAGGUUUACUUAGGAGCCACAAACAGAUAUGACUUCUGCUCAAGCAUCACCCUGUGACCCUGACUUACUGGAAAAGCAUGUCACAUGCACCAUCUGCAAGGGUUUAUUCAAAGAUCCUGUCACUACAGCUUGUGGCCACUCCUUCUGUAAGAGAUGCCUUUUUUGGUCCAAAGAGAUGGUGUGCCCCCUCUGCAACAAGCCUCGGAGCCAAACCCUUGAGGUGAACGAUGCCCUCAGUAACGUUGUCAAACAGAUUAAAAAUAAGACCCCAGAGAAAAAUGCUGAUGAGUACACUGGGGCGCCCGGCGAAGUGGCCUGUGACAUGUGCACAAAGCAAAAGCUGAAAGCCAAGAAGUCCUGUCUUGUGUGUCUCGCCUCAUAUUGUUCGACCCACCUGAAAAAUCAUUUUUCGAAUAAAAGGCUGAAGGGUCACAAGUUGGUGCAACCUGUAGAGAACUUGGAUGAGAGGGCCUGUCUGCAGCAUGGACGCCCCUUGGAGUUGUACAGCAGAAAGAGGGAGAGAUGUAUUUGUGUGCUGUGUAUGGAAGAAGACCAGGAGGAAGUUGUUCCUAAUGAAGAGGAAUGGAACGAGAAGAAGGUUGAGCUUGAAAACACCAAGACUGAGUUACGACAGAAGAUUGAAAAUAGAAGAUCACUGGUGGAUGAGAUUAAUGCAUCUCUGAAGAGCUGUGAGGACCAGCUGAACACUGAAUGUGAGAAUAUUGAUGCUGUGUUCACAGCAGUGAUUGCCAUCGUGAAGGAAGCCCAUGCAGCAGCUCUACGGCCACUGAAGGACAGGCGGCAAGUUGUGAAAAAGGAGGCAAAAGAAAUUGAAGGGAAGUUGAAGACAGAGAUCAGCAAGCUUGAGAAAACCAUGUCAGAGCUAGAUAACAUGUCAGCACAUGAGGAUCACAUCCUUUUUCUGCAGAAGUACCCAUCUCUUCAAGACCUCAGCAACAUCACAGACUGCCCAGAGGUGGAGCUGGACACUUCACUGUCAUUUGGCACCAUGCGAAAAAUCACAACCGCCAUGAUGGAAUCAAUUCAACAGGAACUGGAGAAGCUGACCCCUCUUGAGCUUCAAAGAAUUCCAAAAUUCACUGUGGAUGUGAGGCUGGAUCCAACCACUGCACACCAACACCUUGCUCUAUCUGAGGAUGGUAAGGAAGUGAAAGAUGGAGAGGAAGACCAAAGAGUUCCCUUCUCCCCUGAGAGGUUUGACACAUUUGGCAGUGUCCUGGGGCUCAACAGUCUGAAAUCUGGGAGGUCCUACUGGGAGGUGGAGGUCCGGAACAAGUCAGGGUGGGAUCUGGGUGUAGCAAGAGGGGACGCAAACCGCAAGGGCAAACUGUCUUUGACUCCAGAUAACGGGUACUGGGUUACUGUUCAUUACGAAGACGACAAGUAUGCCGCCCUGACAGCCCCACCUGUUGUUCUGUCGCUGAGAGAGAAACCUGAGAAAGUGGGAGUGUUUGUGGACUUAGACGAGGGUCUCGUGUCCUUUUAUGAUGUGACAGCAGAAUCUCACAUCUACUCAUUUACUGAGUGCUCGUUCAAUGGGAAGAUCUUCCCAUAUUUUAGUCCCCAUUUGAAACAAGAUGAGAAAAACAUGGAUCCUUUGAUUAUUUCUUGUGUGAAAGAGUGCAGGCAGGGCACAGAUCUGUCAUAAGAACAAAGGAUUUUUAUGUAGGGUAGACAUGAUUUCUUUAAUUAUUGUUGGGUAUAUAAAAGAUAUAUUCAAAUUUUGUUUCAGACCACUCCCAUGUAUUUUCUAUGGUCACAGUAUGAACUAGAGCUAAAUGAGAUAGCACAAGGCUGAAUUUGGGUGGUGCCAAAAUAUAAAGUCUUUAUCAGGUUGUUUUGCAGGCACCAUCCAUGCUGAUAAGCAAGCAGCAAGUGGUCAACAUAUGGCUGUAUUUAUUUUAAAACUUGGUCAACACUGAAGUCACAUUUCUAUCACACUGAAAAUUCCCAAAAAGUUGGGGCUUAAAUUAAAAUGCAAAUGAAAACCAGAGGAACACUUCAGUAAACCAUCAUCAGUUAACAUAGUAGCCUAUGUCUCUACAUCUACAAAUGUAGGUUAAGACUCUACCAUGCAAAACAAAGAUCAUUUAUAAACAACAUUCAGGGUUUUGGGAGAUUAAUGUUGUUACAUGCUCUCCUGAUGCAGGAUUUGAGCUGCCCUGAAGUUGGGUCUUUAUUGCCUUUUUUUUUUAAUGAUGCAGCAAAUAUAUUAGAUAUGUGUACACAUAUAUAUUUCCGUCAAGACCACUGUCAGGAAACAGAUCAUUUGGGUCUAAAAAUAGCCUAUUUUUCUUUUUUUUGCAGUUGUUAAUUGGCACUUAUGUUGUUAUCUAUGUUUGGUGCUGUAGCUGUACUGGGAUCCCUGUAAACCUGCAGAUAAGGAAAGCAUAAGGCAGGGAGAAAAGCAGCAAAAACCCAGAGCAGAGCAGGCUUCAAUGACAACAGAAUGACACUGAUUAAGAUGCAGAUUGAAGGAGGAGCUGGGGUGGAGGAGGGUUGCAAAGGCAGCUUGCAACCUCCCUCUGGCUGCUGAACACAGCCAGGAAAAAAGCAGUUUGAAUAAGACAGCAGGAAAGCGUUUAGCCAGUAGCGUGCUUAGAGCAAAUUAGCUGGAGAUCAGCUGAAAAAGGAUCUCACGCGCUUGACUACAUGGCCUCCCUAAAUUAACAACAUACAAUACUGUGCAGAAGUUUUAGGCAUGUUUGGGCCAAAAUUUGAGGCUGAAGUAAGGCGUGUAAUGGCGAGUACGUCCACCUGAGGGCCCCAUCCGGCGGUAAGGAGGAUUGACACAACUCAGGUCAUGCUCUGGAUGUCUUCGUACAUUACCAGGGGCAUGGGAAAAUAGUCUGAUGAAAACAAAACAAAAACCACAGCUUUAGGGCGGAGUUAUGAGUAGAUGUGGCGCUUAAGCAUAGCCUAGAGUACUGUUAGGUCAGGCAGGAGGAUUUCCACAACCCCCUGGUUGUCGUGUGUAUGUUCUGAGCACCUGAAAACUGUUGAGGGUUGCUGGGCGUGGGGUGCAAAGGCCCUGACAAAAGAAAUGCUGUUAAGCUCGACCUUGGCUGCUGAGCGACACACGUACAUGUCAAACGUGUCGAUACUGACUCCCCCCUCUCUUCAGCCUGGGGCUGUGGAACAUCAGGACCUGUGAAGAACUGUUAGCGCUUUACAUGCCUAAAACUUCUGUACAGCACUUAUAUAUAUAUAUAUAUAUAUAUAUAUAUAUAAGUGCUGUGAAUUGAUUAACCACAUUACCACACUGUGAUCAAUCAUGAUUAAUCACAGCAUAUUUUUAUAGUUUAGUAUUUUAUCCAUUUUCAGAUUUUAAAUGUUCUUAUUAUCAAGUGUUUUUAUAUUUAUGUUUAGAAUUCUAUGUACUGCACUUUGAUUGAAAGCACUUUACAAAUAA